UCGAGUUUUGAUUUUUGUGAACCCGGCACAAGCUAAGAAUCCGUUCAGGAGCAUACGCCGGAAAACAAACCUCAUUCCUUCCUUCCUUCCUGUAUGCAGAGUAUAUACGAAUUCUAAUUUCUAAUUCUAUUUUCUAAUAUGUCGUCUCUAGGUGAGAAAAUUGCCAAAUUAACAAAUCCAACUCCAGAAUUAAUACUUGAUCCUGAAGAUGCAGUAAAUAUUGAUUCUGCUGCAAAAGUGUACGAUAAUGAUAGCAUUCAGAACGACGAAAGUGAAAUUAGUGAUCUUAGAAGAAAAAAUGCACCCUUAUUAGAAGACGUAGAUCCAACGUAUGCUGGUAGAAAAGUUUCCAGACGAGAUCUGGGACAUAUAUUUCAUGAAGAUGGUGUAGGUGGUACCAGUGUUGGUGAUUCAGAUGAGGAAUCUGAUGAUGAAUCUUUUUCUAAAGGCUCUGGAGAUUUUAGUGAUGAUGAAAUAAAAGAUUUCAAAAAGCUUGUAGCUUCCAAAUCUAAAGAAAGCAGUGAAGAGGAAGAAGAAAAUGAUGAUGAAGUGGAUGAUGAUGAUGAAGAAGAUGGUGAUGAUGAUGAUGAAGAGUCAAGUGAUGUCGAUGAUGAAACUAAAGAAAGUGAUGAAAUGACUAAGCAGUUUUCAAAUAUUGAUGUUACUACUGAAAUUGAAAGAGCUCAAGCUAUAAAAAAUCAGAAAGAGAUAUGGAAUCGCUUAUUAGAAUCCCGUAUAAAGCUUCAAAAACUUCUACAGAUAAUUAAUAAAUUACCACAAUAUUCAGCUUAUAAGAAAUUAAAAGAAAAAGGUGGCAAAGAGUUAAUAGAGAGUUCUAAAAAAGCUCAUCAAAGUAUUAAACAUAUGAUGAAAUCAUGGCUCAAUUUACAAACAGAACUCAUCAAUAAAAACAGAGAAAUUACAAGCUCAAACAACAGCAUGAGUUCAAACAAAGAAGAUGAUAGUGAUGAAGAAAUUCCUAGUGAUACAGAAGAUGAGAUGGAAAUUUCUAAUCAAACUAAUGAAGUUGAGAAGAAAGGAGUGAAAAGAAAAAUUAAAGCAGAAGAUUAUGAAAAUGUUUUAAAUAAACGGUUUAAAUCUAUGAUUCCUUACAGAAAUUCAAUUAUUCAAAAAUGGGAUGAAAAGACACGUUUAGCUACUGGCAAAACUCAAAAGUCUUUUACUGCUUUUGAUAAUUCAGCUUUAAAACAGAUUGAACAAAAUCUACAAGAUAAAGCAAGAUUAGUUAGAAGAACUCAACUCAAAAGAUCUCUUUACAGAGUUCUUGGGAAGCCAGAACCAGAGCUAAACAAUUCUGAGAGUUUAGAAGAAACAUCUGUAUCUAAGCAAGAUUUGCUACUGAAAGAUUAUGAUCCUGAAAUUUUUGAUGAUGAUGAUUUUUAUCGUCAAAUAUUGAAAGAUGUUAUUGAAAGUAAAUCAUUUGGUGUUAAUGCUGCUGCUAUAAGAAAACAAAUGGAUAUUCAGAAAAUGCGAAAUAAAAUGAAGCGAAAAGUUGACACAAAAGCUAGUAAAGGAAGGAAACUUAGAUAUGAUGUGUAUCCAAAGUUAGUUAACUUUCUUGCUCAAGUUCAAAAUAAUGAAAUGCCCGAUGAAGCACGGGAAAGCUUUUUAAAGUGUAUAUUUGCUGGCAUGAAUUCAUCAUAAUCUUAGGUUUUUAUAGUUUUAUAUAUGAAUAAAUGUAUAUAUUAAAAUAAAUUUUUUCCUAAA